AGCUCGCCCCCACACUGUUCCCGGUUUUGUUAAGCGCUCGCUUAACCUAACCGCCGGGAGCAGAAACUGUUCGACGAAAUGACUACGAGCGCUGGGGCGGCGGCAGGCGCCGCGCUAGGCGCGCGCACGGCGCGGUCCUGCGACGGAUGCAUGCGGCGGCGGGCGCGCUGGCACUGCCCCGCCGACGACGCGUUCCUGUGCCAGACCUGCGACGUCUCCGUCCACUCGGCGAACCCGCUGGCGCGCCGCCACCACCGCGUCCGCCUCCCCUCGGCGUCGUGCUCCUCCCCACCGUGCGACCCCGACGCGCCCACGUGGCUCCACGGCCUCAAGCGACGGCCGCGCACGCCGCGGUCCAAGCCAGGGGGAGGCAAGCAUGAGGCGACGACGCCCAAUUCUAUGGCCGCGGCUGCGUCGGCAGCGGUCCCCGACCUCGAGGCGGAGGAGUCUGGCUCCGGCAUCGUGGGCGAUAACGACGACCACGGGUUCCUGGUGGACGACGACGAGGACCUUCUGUACCGCGUGCCGGUGUUCGACCCUAUGCUCGCCGAGUUCUACAACCCCGUGGCAGACGAGGGGGAGCAGAAGCCGCUCGCCGAGUUCUACAACCUCGUGGCCGACGAAGGGGAGCAGAAGCCGGCCUGCCUGAUGCCGCCUCUCGUGGAAACAUCGCCGGAGUUCGCCUCCGGCGGCUUGGCGGAGGCGGACGGGCUCUCAGGGUUCGACGUCCCGGACAUGGAGCUCGCUAGCUUCGCGGCGGACAUGGAGAGCCUCCUCAUGGGAGUCCACGACGGGUUUGAUGAUCUGGGUUUCUUGGACGAAGAGAAGCCUCAGGUGAAUGCGGACGCGUACUUGGAGGCCAUGGCGGCGCCGGUGCCUGAACGAGAGGACAAGAAAAGGAAGCGGCCGGAGAUGAUACUCAAGCUCAACUACGAUGGCGUCAUCGCCUCGUGGGUCCGUGACGGCGGAUCGCCGUGGUUCCACGGCGAGCGUCCUCACCUCGAUCCUUACGAGUUAUGGUCUGACUUCCCGGCGGGAAGCCGGGGACUCCUCGGCGGCGCCGUCACCGCUGUGACCGGCGGCGAGCGUGAGGCGCGGGUGUCGCGGUACAGGGAGAAGCGGCGGACGCGGCUGUUCGCCAAGAAGAUCCGGUACGAGGUGCGCAAGGUCAACGCCGAGAAGCGGCCGCGGAUGAAGGGCCGGUUCGUGAAGCGCACCACGCUUCCGCCGCUGCCGAGGCCGCCGCCGCAGCAGCAGCAGAAGCAGCUGCCACGGGCACUGCCACACGUGGGCAUGGUGCUCGCGCCACCUCCGGGAGCGAACGGGCGCUUCCAGUUUUGAGACCACGCAUGCAAGCAUGAAGAAACGUAUGUGCAUGAUGAUGCACCGAUGCAUCUAUAUCUAGCUCGUAGCAUGUUCUUUCUACUCUACUACUUUUAAUUGGGGAUGAACGUACGUACGUACGUACGUACCUAGCGUUAGUUUUUUAUCAGAUACCCGUGCGUGCGAAUUAGGGCUCCCCACAAGAUGCUCCCUACUUACGACUGAAAUAUAUCUGUAUAUGUACAUGUGCAGAAUUUCAUGUGCAAAUUAGUUAAGGAAGAGUAUACUUAUAGCUAGGUUGGUUGUUUUUCUUUUUCUAGUUUUUGUAAAGAAGGAUCCACUAAUUACAAAGGGGUGUAGAUUUUGAUGCCGCCAUGCAUCGGUUGGAAACAUUGGAGCAUGUGUAAAGGUCUGGAACUCUGAGCUUAGACUGUAUAAGAUUGAAGUGAUGAUAUACUACGUUGUUUUUAUUA